CGGUGGUUAAUGAUAUUUCAAUAUCCUGUCGUUUCAUUAACUGCUGCAAUUGCCACAGAAAUUAUUGAGGUGGCUGGUAUUUAUUGCGAGUACGUCACCAAGCCAUACUUUGCGAAACUAUGGAUCAGUGUAAUACGCAACAUUUUGCUUGUCCUCGCCGUAUUGUCGGUGCUCAAGUUCUACAAGGCCCUUAAAACUCACACCAAGGAGCACAAACCUCUAGCCAAGCUGUUUGCUUUUAAGUUAGUGGUUGGACUAGGUUUUCUACAGAGAAUCAUAUUUUGGAUCCUUUCAGAUAUCAACGCACUCGACCCGACCGACACUCUCACCUUUGCGGAUAUCAAUAUUGGUAUUUCAAACUUACUCACAUGUCUUGAGAUGGUCCCAUUGUCCAUCUUCUUCCUGUAUGCAUAUUCAUGGAACCCCUACCUUAUCCAUAAUCUCCCGAGCUUAGCUCAGGGCCAACAAUCCCGUUACCAUGGAGGCAUCAUAGGAGUACGUGCCUAUGUGGAUAUGAUAAAUACCAGAGAAAUUGUCGACGCGAUU